AUGGCGCCCAUUGUAAUUAGCGCCAAGAUAUUCAUUCAGAGUCUUUGGUUAAUCAAGAUAGAUUGGGAUGCACCUUCUAAUCUACAGGAUCGAUGGUAUAGUUGGAAGCAGCAAUUACAGGCUAUUAGUAACUUAAGCAUUCCUCGUUGGAUUAAUAUCUCGUCUAACGCAGUCUCCAUCCAGUUACAUGGAUUUUCCGACGCAUCUCAGCUUGCUAUGGCAGCGGGAGUAUAUGUCAGAGUCGAAACGCCUGACUUUGAGAUCAGAGUUAAUAUUGUUUGUGCCAAAACAAAGGUAGCGCCCUUGAAAAAAUUAACUAUCCCACGACUUGAAUUGAAUGCCGCAUUAAUGUUAUCGCGUCUCAUGACCACUGUGCAAACCGCAUUAGCUUUAGAAGACAAGCCAAUUUUUAUGUGGACGGACUCGUCCGUAGUUCUUACGUGGGUUACUUCUCAUCCCGCCAAAUGGAAAGAUUAUGUUCGUAAUCGAGUUUCAACAAUCCAGGAUAUGCUGCCUUCCGCUUCGUGGCAAUUCGUUUCCGGUAAGGAAAACCCUGCAGACUGCGCAACCAGAGGUCUAAGUGCACAAGAUCUUGAACGACACCGCUUCUGGUGGUCCGGUCCGUCUUGGCUUCGUCAGAAGUUGAUCAAUUGGCCCAAGAUAAAAUCCAAUCCCUCUGCUAGCGUAAAUUUGGAAGAAAGUCCCAAUCAGGUACUCGUUACAAUACCUUGCACUAAAAUAGCUCCUUGGAAUCUACUAGAACGCUACUCUUCUUAUACGAAACUUUUACGAAUUACCGCAAUAUGUAAGCGUGCUGCUGAUCGUUUUCGGAGGUUGUCGUCGGAAUCGAUUAUGUUGCCUCUGACUCCACAAGAGUUACUACAAUGUCGUUACUUUUGGAUACGCCAAAUACAAAAGGGUCAUUUUCAUCACGACAUCAAGAUAUUAGAGAGAGGUGGGAGUUUACCGAAGUCAAACCCCUUGAUUCGACUUACUCCAUUCAUCGAUGAACUUGGACUUCUUCGUGUUGGCGGGCGACUCCAGCAUGCGAAUUUGAACGCCGAUGCAAAACAUCCAUUUUUGCUUCCAAAACAAUCACCUCUUACAAGAUUAAUUAUUGCUGAUGCCCAUCUCCAAACUCUACACGGUGGCACUCAAAUUACUUUAGCGCAUACCCGUCAACAAUAUUGGAUAUUAGGGCCUAAAGAUACAUCAGAUCCUAUCAAGAUAUAUACAUUACUGAGCAGCCAUAGCGGUUGCUUGGUGCGCAUGCGUCACUUUAUUCCCACACGGAACAUCACUGGUGCUCGAUACCGUCAGACUCAAGCUAAACAGUUGAUGGGUCAACUGCCCUUGUCAAGGGUUAUUCCCUCUCGUCCCUUCUCAACAACCGGAGUGGAUUACGCAGGUCCUAUAACGAUAAAAACUUGGCGAGGGCGAGCCGCGAAAACCUACAAAGGUUAUUUAGCUAUUUUUGUUUGCUUUUCCACCUCCGCUGUUCAUAUCGAAAUUGUCACCGAUUACACUACAGAAGCAUUCAUUGCAGCUUACAAAAGAUUUACAGCUCGUCGAGGAAUCUGUACAACUUUACAAAGUGAUAACGGGACAAACUUUGUCGGCGCUGAUCACGAAUUAAGACGUCGUUUCCAGUCAGCUUCAAAGGAAUUGAAAGAGUUAGCAUCACUCCUAGCUGAUCUUGGGACAGAGUGGCGUUUCAUUCCUGCAGCCGCUCCUCACUUUGGAGGUAAAUGGGAAGCUGCAGUAAAAUCAACUAAAUAUCAUCUUCGUCGUAUGAUAGGUGACUCAAUACUUACCUACGAAGAGCUUUCAACUCUCACCACUCAAAUCGAAGCGAUUUUGAACUCUAGACCUCUCUGUCCAUUGUCUGAAGACGUAGAAGAUUUUUCUGUGCUAACCCCUGGACAUUUUAUCCUUGGCGACGCUCCUAAUGUACUUCCCGAACCAAACCUUAUCGAUCAGCCUAAUUCUCGCCUAACAAGAUGGCAACUUAUUCGUCAAAAGGUGGAGCACUUUUGGAAACGAUGGAAAACUGAAUGCCUCCAACGUUAUCAAGCUAUCUCAAAGUGGCACCAUCCAUCGAAAAAAGGAUCUUUAGUCUUGAUAGCAGAUGAGCGCUAUCCUCCAGCCAAAUGGCCAUUAGCUCGAAUACAACAAUUGCAUCCUGGCGAAGAUGGAUUGACGAGAGUCGUCACAUUGCGAACGGCCACCUCCACUCUCAAGCGACCUGUCACCAAACUGUGCCUCCUGCCCGUCGAAUAA